AUGGCUGAAACCAUGCUAGCAUCAGCUAAAGAAUUACAAGGGUCCAUGGUGAGAAGAGGAAAGGGCAUGGAUGAGGACUUUUGCAGAGCUGGAGUUGAGGCAGCAUUGUCCAUGGACAAUGUUGCAGGGUUGGGGCCCCGCCAGACCGCCGCCCGGGGGCAGCCGCGGCAGCAUGGGCAGCGGCAGCAGCAGGAGAAGCGGAGCUGCAGCCCCGGCGCGGAUGUCCCGCCAGCGGGGCAGAAGAGCAGCGCCCCCAGCGGGCAGGGCGAGGAGGCCAGGGGCAGCAGGGCGCGCCCCACCGAGCUGCCCAGCAGCUGCCUGCGGGGCCGCCAGCGCGAGGACUCGGACUGGGAGCUGCUGGAGGAGGUGCUGGCUGAGUGCGAGGAGCCGGGCGCGGCUGCCCCCACGGCCCGGGGUCCGGCUGCCCCGCCCGGGGACUCCUGGGCCGGCCACUACCGGCACCCAAGGGCAGCGGCGGCGGCAGCAGGAGGGAGCGGCCGGGGCAGCGGUGCCGCCGGAGAGGACCAGCCGGCCUCCUUAACAAGAAGCAUGCAGGACCCAGAGAAGAACAACUCCGCCAGUGAGUUUCCAGUCAGAAGUAACAAGAAGCCCGAGAUGCAAUCCCCAAUAUCGUACGAUUACUCUGAAGAAGAGCUCAUGGCGAGUAUUGAACGAGAGUACUGCCGCUGAGAGCCAGUGCUGUAUGAUCAUAACUGACAGUGGCACAUAUGAGCAAGGGUUCUGCCAACAAAAUAACCCCCCACACAGUGAAAUUGUUCUGAAGAAAUGGAAAAGACAAGAAUGAAAUGAAAGAGAAUGUUACCACUCAGGAGGCUGUUAGUAUUGUAGGACUUCGAAGAUCACCUCUUUGGCAAGUGCUGAGCAAGAGCACUGAUUAAUGAAGGAAUCCUCACUGACCAGUGAAUAAAAGCAAAGCAGUGGGGAAAAAUUAUCAUAUUACAUUCCUCUUGUAAAAUUAAUAUUUAAAAGCCAGUUUCCAAGUAAUAUUUGUGUAUGAGGUCUUGAAUGUAUUGCAAGGUUGAGAUGUGCCAUUCUGACAAUGAUUUCAGUCAGAGAAGUGCAGCAAAUCAUUUGAAUAAAUACUUACUUGAUAGGAUAUAUCCAAAAUUUACCUUUCCUGACACUUCGCUAUGGGUCAAAUUCAGACUUACAGUAAGCAGAUUACAACUCUAUGCACCAGGUCUGAAUUUGCCCCACUUUUUUUUAUUAUUAAAUAUUCCACAAUACAGAAAAAGGAAAGGAAGCGAAUCAAUCAUUCCACACUUAGGCUGCAGGAUCUAAGAGUUCAAAUCCCAGUUCUCUAUCAAACAGGUGUGGGAUUUGUUCUGAUUGUGCAUAUGGCUCUGUUCUUUCUAGCUCCCCUUUUCCAAAGAGGCAGGGGAUUGAAAUUGUCAAGAGUCCUGUUUCCUGAAAGGGCAAGCUUCUGGUCUAGUUUCUUACCUGCUGGCUUAUAGAAAUGGAAGCAACAGGGAAAAUCACAAGGACAGAGUGAUGUGCACAUACUGGUCCAAUGCCAUAUGUAUGUGCCUGUUGGGUCACCCACUUUGAGAUGGGCUUUAACAUGAUUGAAGAGCAGUAGUUCAUAAAUCAGCGCUCCUGCAUUGGAGUUAGAUAUUUACCACUUUUGGCUUAAGCACUAAUGAAGAUUCCUGUGUAAUUAAAAAUUCACCACAUUUAUCACUAAGAAUGGAAAAGUAAAACAAAACAAAAAAAAUCCUAUAAAACCAAAGACUCAGAGGUUUUCAGCAUGAUUGAUGGUGAAGCCUUGUACUUUUAAAUUAAGGUUUCUGGUGUGUGUAGUUUUUGGGGGGUUUUUUGGAGCCUGAUGUACUUUGAGUAGCUGCUUAUUAUCAGAAUUAGAAAAAAUAACUUUUCUGUCCUCUGAUGGAACAUAACACAUGUCAGAUGAAAUCUCAAGGGCAAAUUAGUGAGGCACAUGCUAAUUGGAACAGUGGGAUACACCUUAAGAUGUCAAUGUUUGGUGUAUAUUUCACAAAUAUCUAUGUUCCAUGUAAUUCUCAAUAAAAGGCAAAAGUAUCAGUUUGAGA